CACCCAGGGCAGCCAGAUCAUCGGGGGCAAGGCUGCAGCCCCCCAUUCCCGGCCCUUCAUGGCCUCCAUCCAGCUGGACGGCGAGCACGUCUGCGGCGGCUUCCUGGUGUGGCCUCGCUGGGUGAUGACAGCCGCCCACUGCUUCGUUCCCAGGCGCAGCCCCUCGGUGCGGGUGGUGCUGGGAGCCCAGCGGCUGCAGGAGCCCGAGGGGUCCCAGCAGAUUUUCAGCGUGCUCGAGUCCAUCCCUCACCCGCUGUACACCCCCGGUGCCGCGGACAACGACAUCCGCCUGCUCCGGCUGAACGGGUCGGCCGCGCUGAACGAGUUCGUGAAGCGGAUCCGCCUGCCCUGCCCGCACAUCGACCUGAAACCCGGCACUGUCUGCACCGUCAUGGGCUGGGGGGACACCUCCAACUUCGGGGAGCAGCCCACGGAGCUGAUGGAGACCAACACCACCAUCGUCAAGAGGAGCCUGUGCCGGACGCUGUGGAGGGGCAAGGUCUCGGCCAACAUGCUGUGCGCGGCCAGCCGCAGCACCAGGCUGCAGGGAGUCUGCUCUGGAGACUCCGGGGGACCCCUGGUGCUCAAGGACAAGGUUCAUGGCAUCGUGUCCUUCUCCGGGGAGAGGUGUGGGGACCGCAGGUUCCCUGACAUCUACACCAAGAUCUCCAAUUACAUCGACUGGGUGCAUCACGUUGUGCGACGGUUCCGCUCUCAGGAGGGGGGGCUGAAGCCCUAG